AAUCAUUAGCCACACACUCUUUUCUUUUUCCGUCACAAAAACAAGACAGAUAUACAGUAAAACUUAAACACAGCCAAAGCAACAAUGGCAACGUUGGCUACUUUGGGAAGUAUUUCAGUUCUUCGAUUUCAAAAACCAGUGCCUCCAAAGACAAGGCCAUCUUCACAACUCCUAGGCUUUGUUACUUCCCAACUCAGUGGAGUCAAAAUCUCCUACGACAUCCCGGACGUGGCACCUAUAAAACCCAUAUCCGCACCUUUCACUCCUGCUGUCCGGCCUCUUGCUCGCAGAGUAUGCCCUUUCACUGGAAAGAAAGCAAACAAAGCUAACAAAGUCUCUUUCUCGAACCACAAGACAAAGAAAUUGCAGUUUGUCAACCUCCAAUACAAGAAGGUUUGGUGGGAAGCGGGUAAGCGCUAUGUAAAAUUGCGUUUGUCGACAAAGGCAUUGAAGACCAUUGAGAAGAACGGACUGGAUGCUGUUGCUAAGAAGGCUGGGAUAGAUCUUCGCAAGGAAUGAUAAUGACCAAAUUUUUAGAUUCCAGUGGUAGUUGGAGAAUUAUCUUCAAGAAAACAAAAAAUUGUUGAUAAAGCACUGGCAAAUUUCUAUUCUUUUCCCUUUAUUCUCAUUUCCUCUUCUAUGUAAUUUUUUCUAGCCUGAUAAGUUGAAUCCUUUCGUUCAAAUGCAA